UAGCCUAGAUGGCUCGCGGUUAGCCGGCAGGGUUGGAUGACAUUGUUGUCCUACGCCGGCAGUCCCUGGAUCCUUCGUUGUUCUGUCCGCCCGGGGAAAGCCUCGGGGACAGUACUCAGUAAGCAUGUAGUUCUCGGAAGCGAUGGUGAUUAGAACGGCCCGCCUCCGGUUCCUCAAACUAAGUGCUACGGCCGCCUAGCAUUUUUUUCCAGGUGCUGACCUGAACCUGGGCCAUCCCUUUUCGACCAAAGCUGUUUACUACUCACGGGUAGUAAACAGCUGGGACCAGCCUGCCCAAUGGAGACACCUCCAGUCAUUCCAACCGGAGACAAAAACAGCUCCCAACCGCAACAACCAUGGGAAAUGAACGUUCUGGAUUCUCCUCAGAGUAGGCAGCAGCCCUCGGAACCACCUACUGAAGUCCUUGAGCCAAGAACGCGUCCAGAUCCAACCAACCAAAUUCUAGAGACUCUGCAAGGGACUGAGAAACUGACUGAGGGAAACGCUGAUCAGUCCCACGGACCCGCCAGUGAUGUAGCAGAGCCCCUUCAAAUCUCUGCUCUGUGGCACUGCCCGGAUGGGAGCUUUGUUAAGAGGAUCAUAACCCCUGGCCAAGGCUUGGACAAACCCAAGCUGGGCUCCCACUGCUGGGUACUGGCUGUGGGGUUUCCACCGGGGUCAGGAAUGCCAGAGGGCUGGUCAGAGCUAACCGUGGGGAUAGGGCCGUGGAGGGAAGGAACGUGGGGGGAGCUCACUGAGAAAUGCCUGGAGUCCAUGUGUCAAGGCGAGGAGGCGGAGCUGCAGAUCACUGGGGACUCUGGCCCUCCGGUCAGACUCACGCUGGCCUCCUUCACUCAGGGACGGGACUCCUGGGAGAUGGAGGCCAGCGAAAAGGAGACUCUGGCCGAGAGCGAGCGUGCAAGGGGCACAGAAUUGUUUCGAGCUGGGAACCCUGAAGGGGCAGCCCGCUGCUAUGGGCGAGCCCUGAGGCUGCUGCUGACUUUACCCCCACCUGGCCCUUCCGAACGAACCAUCCUUCAUGCCAACCUGGCUGCCUGUCAGUUGCUGCUAGGGUUGCCCGAUUUGGCAGUCCAGAGCUGUGACCGGGCCCUGGAGCGGGAGCCUGGCCACUUAAAAGCCUUGUACAGAAGGGGGGUUGCUCAGGCUGCUCUUGGCAACCUGGACAAAGCAACUGCUGACCUCAAGAAGGUGCUGAUAUUGGACCCCAAAAACCGGGCAGCCCAGGAGGAACUGAAAAAGGUUAUCAUUAAGAGCAAGAACCAGGAUGCAGAACUGGCUCAGGGUCUGCGCAAGAUGUUUGACUGAUUAAAAAUGAAGCCUUCAGAGAGGCGCG